CUUCGGUUAUUGCUUGUGUCACACCUCUCCUUCUCAACUCAUCAUGCCCUCCAACGACUUUGUCCGAACUGUAUCUCGCAGCUUCCGAGUACUUGUGAUCGGUGGCUCUUAUGGCGGUCUAUCUGCUGCAUUGGCCCUCAUUGAUCUUUCACAGGGUCGUCUCACCCGUUUCAACUACAAUGCCGAUGCUGAAGCUCCUACACAUCGCAUUCCGAUACAGAUAACUGUAGUUGAUAAGCGAGAUGGCUAUUAUCAUCUGAUCGGAUCUCCAAAGGCCCUGGCCUCUGAAAAAUUCGCGCCCGAAGCAUGGACUCGUUUCCAAGAUAUUCCCGGGCUCAAGUCUCCGGAUCUCAGCUUUAUCCAGGGAAGUGUCAGUUCAGUUGAUUUCAACACCAAAGAAGCCCAGAUUGUCGAUGCAGAGACCAAGAACAGCCGCACGGAGCCCUAUGACUACUUGAUUGCAGGUUCAGGGCUACGUCGGUCUUUCCCCACUGUUCCCCAAUCCUUGAGGCGAGAGGAGUUCCUCAAGGAAGCCAGAGAACAUAUGACGGAUGUGAAGCAAGCCGAGGAUGGCAUCGUUAUUAUUGGUGGAGGCGCUGUAGGUGUGGAGAUGGCUGCCGAAUUAAAGAUCCUUUACCCAGAACAGAAGGUCACUCUGGUCCACUCUCGAAAGCGCUUGUUAUCUUCGGAGCCGUUGCCGGAUGACUUUGCCGAGCGCGUGGAUUCUAUAUUGCGCGAUACAGGAGUUGGGGUCAUCCUAGGACAACGCGUUAUCGACACGAUCGCGGUGGACACGAAAAAUGGGACACGAGUCUGGAACCUCACGCUGGGCGAUGGCCGACAACUCAAAGCUGGUCAUGUUCUAAAGGCUAUCUCUCAAACCGUCCCAACAUCGACAUAUCUGCCUAAAGAGGCAUUGAACGAGGAGGGAUACAUCAAAGUGCAUCGCUCACUACAAUUCUCCGGUGCCAUUCCUAACCCAGAGCAUCAUUGGGCAGUAGGGGACCUCACUGCGUGGGAAGGUAUCAAGCGCUGUGGCGGUGCAAUGCAUAUGGGCCAUUACGCGGCACUUAAUAUCCAUCAGCACAUGAUGGCAGAGUGCACUGGUGGAAAACCAAACUAUCAGACCUUGCAGCCAUUCCCAGCUGUGAUGGGUCUAGCUCUCGGCAAAACGGCCGUCAGUUAUACGCCGGGCGAGGGCACACGUGAGGGCGAAGACCUGAUGAAGACCUUGUUUGGCAAAGACAUGGGACAUACCAUUUGCUGGAACUAUAUGCGUCUCGGUGAGGCGUGCUAGGCGUGG